UUGUAUUCAAUUAUGACUAUGAGUGCCUCCCAGAACUGUUAUAGCUUGAAAAGAUGAUAAAGAUUUAUUAAUGUUACCAUUUCUGUUUAGUCAUGAUUGUAGUGAAGUGGUAACUUUAUAUUUCUAGUUGUCUCGCGAAAUUCCUCCGUCGCGUCCUCCCAAUACGCGAUCCAAAAUUAAAGUAAACAUUGCUUUACAACAACGCAUGUUGUUCCAAUUGAAACGGCAAUGGGAUAGCGCAAGACACCCGCGGAUAUGGCAGAUAAUACCCCCUCACGUCGUUCGAAGACUCCAAUUCCCACCGCGAAUGUCCCACCAACCCCGAGUCGCAUUCCCGUCCCUUCACAAUCAUCGCGUUAUCCCUCAUUUGCCUCUCCAACGAAGGCAAGCUUAGCACGUCACAAUCCGCAGAUACUCGGCAGAGCCACUUCUACAGGACCGGAAGUUGGCAGAUCUCCGAGUAAAGGGAGAGUACAGAAUACUUUUGAUAGAGCGCUGGGAAAUACACCGCAACGAGAAAGAGGAAGGAGUGUUACUACUGGUGCAGAACGACCGAUUUCAGGAUCAGCCAGAGAUGGUGCAAUUACUCGGACACCUACGAGAGCUCGAUCGAUUGGAGGUGGAAUGGCAUCGAAACCGAGGAGAAUGUCAAGCUCCCCUGCCAAACGACCAAUCGCUACCGAAACUCCAAGGAGCAAUUUCAAGCCCGCGGCAGAAUUUGAGAAUAUUCAGGGAAUUGCGAAUCCAUUCAAAAAGACGGGGUUAAGAAGGUCGCCCGUACCGGGGCAAAGUAGCCAGCCUACUGUAGAACCGCAAGAACAAUCGCAAGAGGAUUUCAAUCCUUUCAAGAAAACCGGGCUAAGGAGAUCACCACCUGCUGCAGUGCCAGCUUUAGGAACAACUGUGCCUCAAAUGUCUAUUGAAAUGGAUGAAUCUGUCUCUACCACUCCAAAAGAUUCAGCGCCUUUAUAUGCCUCUACCACUCCAAAGGACCCAGUACCUGUAUUUCCUUCAACGACACCCAAAGAACCGACACCUGUAUAUGCUUCAACUACGCCGAAAGAUCCAGUACCCGUUCAAGCUUUAGAGCCUUAUCUGAGAGCUCCAGAGGAAGUGGUCAUUAGGAGCCGAGGGUCAAGUCAACUUCGUUCUUCUCAAGCUUUUGGGUCUAGAAGUGUUCCGGGUACCCAGGUUGCACAAUCAUCAGAAUCUGCUUUGCCUGCGAGCCCUGCCGAACCCUCUCAAGCUUCAGAAGAAGAAGAGAUUGUGCCUGACUCGCACACCGCCGAUCAGGUUGUUUCUACGACUCCAAAUGAUCCUGUACCACCUCAACUACGGACCUUGCAAACAAAUGACCCUUUCGUAAUUGAUGUACCUCAACAACAGGAGCCAGAGGACGAACCUCGAGUUUCUGAGCUUCCAAAGUCCGAUGAUGUAAAUCCGUUGAUGAGUGAUGACUCUCCCACCGAGCGUAAAGCGCGACAAUUAUCUAUGCCUAGGCCAACACAACGACCACUAUUUACAUUCUCGGAAAAGACAUUUCUAUCUCCAUCUAAAGCAAGGCAGAAACCCGCAACACCAGAAGAGCCUGACCUGCCACCGACACCCACGCAGCGUGGUAUCGCAGACCCAGUUGUCACAACAGCACCAGUUGGAAUACACAAUAGCCCAAGCAAGACUGCCAGAAGGAACAAGGCACUAGGCGCGAAGAUGAAGUCAUCUCCAUUGAAACCACUUGCAGAACCUCCGCCAGAAGUAGACACAUCACAAGAACCACCCGCUAAGAGACGAAAGUCGGCUAGAUUUUUGAUUCCGCAUGAUCCACAUGCAGCGAAGAGGAAAGUUAGAGAUGAUCUUCUCAAAGAAUUGCAGCAAUUGCAAGCCGAUGUCAGUUUAGCGAAUCAGGAGAAUGAAAGGAUACGUCUGCACUACGAGUCAAAAAGUACAAAAUCGCCAAGAUCAUCAAACCCUGAGGAGAUACUAGAUUUACUCUUACGCUCAACUGCAAUUGAGAAACAAGACAGGCCAGAAAAAAUCAGCGCUUUGAAAGCCACUAAUCUUUUUCUGCCAUUUGCUGGACGGCGUAAAGCCCGACAAGCAGUUAUGCCACCAAUUCAGAAGCCUCUUCCAUCCCAUCUUCCUGUAGCACUUGACGAUCCACUUCCGCAUUUGCAACUAUUCAGCCAUCUGACAUACACAUCGAAUAUUACUCUCCUUCCAGCUGCGCCCAUGUCAUCCAACGAAUCUGCUACGGAACUCCUGGUACCGACCUUACAACGCCAUCAAAUCUCCGCAUCCCAUCCUUCUGGACUUUUCAUCGCACGCCUUUCUAUGAUAGUCGACACCUCUUCUCUAACCAUAUCCUCCCUUAAUGUGGAUUCAUUGGAUCCCAACGCAGAGCCUGAACUCGGACCAUUUAUCCGGCGACGAGCAAGUGGUGAUGGGCCGCACGUAAAAGAUAUUGGUACAGUGUGCUGGGCGAUGGGGAGGUGGACCGAAGUAUCCGUAGCGAGAGCAAAGUUUUGGUGUGAUGCUGAAAGAGAAUUUGGGACAGCAGAAGCUAGGAGGAAAAGUAUAGAAAAGCAAGGGAAGAAAAGAAAGAAGAGAAAGGCUAUUGAAGAUGACGAAGUAGCUGAUUGGGAGGGAGAAGAGAGCUCCAGAAAAUGGACGAGAAGGGAGUUGUUCCGACAGAUGGGCCGGACUAAUAUUGUUCUUGAUGGGGAUGAUGUCCAGAUUCGAGUGGGGUGGAAGAUUGGUUUUGACUGGAUCGGUGAUGUAGAGAGUCAUCUAGAUCUUGAUAUAGGCUUGCCAAAUAGCUGGCAUAAACAAGACGAUCGUAAGAGUUUGAGUAAGAUCAAAGAUAUGUUCGGAAAACUGGUCAAGGAAAAGGGGCCACUGGGAGCUCUGAGGAUUACUAUAGGACUUAUCAUGGCAGAGUCUUCAUGAUGGAUUAGGAACUGAAAUUAAUACUAUAUCUUUGAUACCCUACUGAUUGAUGAGCAAUAAUAUUCGGCUGAUAACUUGGAGGGCUAUGCGAAAGUCUAGAUGUAAUGUUCAUUGUCAAUUUGACAGAGAUAUUGGAAGAUUAUCUAGAAAAAUUUAUUCACUCGAGCCGAUGUCAUUCACCACUUGAAGAUUCUCGGUCGACUACCGAGCUUUUUUUUCCAGCCUACUAGAUCGAAUUUGAUGAGCAGUUGGAAGUAAAGUUCCGUUCCAAGAUGGGUGAACAUAGUUUACUCGCAGUGAGGGCUUGUACCUGGCAAUAUGUCUGAUUCCGAGUCGUUGAAUAUUUUUGAUGUCACAGCAUUCUGGUGUUAUAAGUUUUGGGUAAUGAAAAUUUGAGGUAUGCUGAACACUGUGUUUCACUGAAUCAUAAUUUCG